UCAUACCACACCACAAAGAAGAAUAACAGCAAUGGCUAACUUUGUGUUGAUAUUGUCUUGUUUGGCAUUCUUAUCAGCAAUGCAAGGGAAUGAGGCUGUCCAGUACACUGCCACGAACAACGCAGCAACAACGGCAGGUGGUGCUCGGUUUGUCAGGGAUAUCGGUACCCAGUAUACCUUACAGGCCAUGGAUGCCUCCACCGUCUUCAUCUGGAGGACCUUCCAGCAGAACUCUGCUGCUGAUCGGAAAAAUGUGCAGAAAGUGAGCUUAUUCAUCGAUGACAUGGGCGGGGUGGCGUAUACCAGCAACGACCAGAUUCAUGUCAGCGCCAGAUACAUUAAUGGGUAUGGGGGCAAUGUGAAAAAUGAGUUCACUGGCGUUUUGUACCAUGAAAUGACCCAUGUGUGGCAGUGGAAUGGCAACGGGCAGGCGCCAGGUGGUCUGAUAGAAGGAAUAGCCGAUUUUGUGAGGCUGAAAGCUGGUUAUGCCCCGAGCCACUGGGUGAAGCCCGGGCAAGGUGACCGAUGGGAUCAAGGCUAUGACGUGACUGCUAGGUUUCUCGACUACUGCAACAGACUCAAGAAUGGGUUUGUGGCUCAACUCAACAAGAAAAUGAGAGGUGGUUACAGCAACAAUUACUUUGUGGACUUGCUGGGGAAGACUGUGGAUCAGCUCUGGAAAGACUACAAGGCAAAGUAUGCAACUUGAGUUUAUGAUGGCGGCAAAUUAUGGUUAUGGCUUGAGUUUGUAUUUCCUGUUUGAACAAUAAAAACUAUCGUAUACAUGAACAUUCAAAAAAUGUGGAUUUCGACAUGAUGUGAUGUGUGUUGUGACCUGCUGUAAUGGUCUAUUUUAGAAUAUGAUAAAUACGAAUAUGAUGUUCGAAAAAAAAUUAUUUUCAAAUAUUACGGAAUACAAAUUUCGUCGUCUAAUUAUAACUGAAA